CCUGUUGUUAGGUGUAUUGAGAGACUAUAUUCAGGAAGGAAUAUUUUAGUGUCACUAGUCGAACACACCGGAAUGGCUAUUAAAAACAUUUGUCAAAGUUUGGCUCAGGAUAGAAGUCCACAUACAAUUAAAAGUGCAUUUAUUCUGCUGCUUAUGUUGACAUUCUUAUUGUCUGCCAUUGCUUACGCCUCUGAUUUCUCUUUGGACACACUUAGGUUCCCUCAAACAUGGUUUACUAAAGUCAUGAAUCAGACUCAUUAUAAGGUAAAUUAUGGCAUUUGGGCCAAUCAAAAUCAAAAAGAUAGACUAGCACCUUUGCCAGGUCAACAAAUCCAACAAAGAGGUACAGCAAUUUAUUAUCACAUAGCUCAUCCAAGCAACUAUAAUUUCAUUCUGGAUGAACCUGAUAAGUGUAAGCAGAAUCCGUUCCUGGUCUUGAUGGUCCCUGUGGCGCCCAAUCAGGUAGCAGCUCGUAACGCCAUCCGGAGCACGUGGGGGAAUGAGAGCACAGUCCAGGGAAAAGCAGUGAUUACUCUGUUCCUGGUGGCUUUGACUGGAGGAUCCGACUCUGAAAAAACUCAACAGCAGCUGGAGGAAGAGAGCCGACAACACAGAGACUUACUGCAGAGCAACUUUGUGGACUCGUACUUCAACCUGACUAUAAAGACAAUGGUGAUCAUGGACUGGCUGGCCACUCGUUGCCCUCAAGCAAAUUUCAGUAUGAAGGUUGAUUCUGACAUGUACUUAAACCUGGAAAACCUGAUGACCCUUCUAUUGGCACCCGACACACCCAGACAGAACUACAUCACUGGAAUGGUGAUGUGGAACCGGCCCGUCGUCAGAAGCAAAAACUCAAAAUGGUACGUGUCAGAGGAGCUGUACCCCGAACCGUACUACCCCACAUACCUGCUGGGAAUGGGAUAUGUUUUCUCCAAUGACCUGCCAGAAAAAAUAGUUGAGGCUUCCAAGGACGUAAAGGCCUUUAACAUAGAAGAUGCAUAUGUGGGUGCUUGUCUGAAACAGUUGGGCGUUGCACCCUCAUCCCCCCCAAACCCUUCACAGUUUAGAGCCUAUCUGGGACAAUAUAUACGAGAGGAUUUUUUCAAGGUCAUUACGACAAUCCUGGGAUCCCCACAGCAGCUAAUAGACAUCUGGAAGGAUGUAAAGAGGCCCACAUAAAAGUAUAGAAGCACAAACAAAAAUGAGAAACACAGAUUUCUGUUUAUAAAGACAAGAAACAUGUCUGUUUAAAAACAUUUUGUAAAAAUGGUCACAACCUGUUAACAAUACGUUCUGAUGGGGCGAGGAACAUUUCACACAAAACACAUUCUUGAAGAGAAACGCAGCUGUCAAAAGUCUACAAAGUUUGUUUACAUAGAAAAACAAUUAAAAAGCAGCGCAGUGCACUAAAAGCAUGUUCUUUCUGAACCGACCUGACGGUUCCACAAUAUUACAACAUAUAUACACAACCUAACAUAUGUUACAAAUUUUAAGUUAAAAUCUAUAUAUAAUUUUAUGGAAUUAAUAUACUGUAUGUACAUAGAAAUUCCAUAAAAUAUCCAUUUUAACUGAAAAGUUGAACUGUUUCACAAGGCAUGGGUAUUUUUCAUAAAUGUCUGUUGGGGAAGGUUGCUAACUGGUGUCAUUUAUAUUUUGUCAUUUUAUACAAUUCAUUAAUUACAAUUUCUGUUAGUCAGAAGAAAGUUUUAAAUUUAUGUACAUUCCAUUUUCCAUUUUUACGGUUUUGUGGAUUUCAUAAUGAUUGAUUUAUUCUUCAAAUAUUUCUGGAAAAAUCAGGGAGAAAUCACAUUUUCCUAGAAGGUUUAAUGUUCUAUGAAAACAUAAUGUCUCACCAUUUUCAAAUUUACUCUCUGAGCAUGUAAAAAAUGCACAAGUAUUUUUUUAUUUAUUUAAUCAUUUUUAAAUUAAAUUGAGAUGUUUAA